AUGCGUAAACUGAGAGGAACAGUGUUUAUUAGAAUGGUUCACCUCCUCUCACCGGAUCUUCUGACUGUUUACAUCUAUCUGUCUAUCUAUCUUAGAUUGUUCACAUCUCUCUCUCUCGCUCUCGCUCUCUCUCUCUAUCUAUCUAUCUAUCUAUCUCAGUAUGUUCACAUCUAUCUCACUCUUUUCAUAUCUAUCUCUCUUAGACUGUUCAUUAUCUAUCUAUCUAUCUAUCUAUCUAUCUAUCUAUCUAUCUAUCUAUCUAUCUAUCUCUGUAUGUUCACAUCUAUCUCACUCUUUACAUAUCUAUCCAUCUAUCUAUCUAUCUUAGAAUAUUCAUAUCUAUCUAUCUAUCUAUCUAUCUAUCUAUCUAUCUGCUUUAACGCAUCUGAAAGCUAUUUCGUAGUCAUCGUAUCAAAACGCGUAUAUACGAAAAGACUUACGAGCUUUCUUCUGUCUAUAUACGACACUUUUUCUUUUCGGUAUUGUCUUGACGUUUCUGCGUUGUCAAAGAGAGUAAACAAGAAUCAUAUUAUACAGUGUAACCCGGAUGAUGUAAACUUGUUUCAAACCUCUCUCUCUCUCUCUCUUUCUCUGUCUAUCUAUCUGCACACCAUUCACACUUCAGAGUUUCCUGUGAAGGUCGGUAAUAGUAUAUUCUUCUUUGUUUAA